AUGCACGACUCCGACGUUGACAAUGCCGUCUCAAACCAUCCGCGACCGAACGAGUAUACCUCACUUCUAUCCAAACCAAUUGACGACUCAUCAUCAUGGAUCGAACCCGAAGAAGAAAACCCCUACUCACGAGAGUUGCUCCUCGCCGAAUUCUGGCUACUGCUCAAGGACUCAAUUCCCGUGAUCCUAGCAUACACGCUCCAAAAUAGCCUUCAAACCGUAUCAGUGCUGAUCAUUGGCCGCUCAUCACCACAGAAUCUGGCAGCAAGUGCAUUUUCACAGAUGUUCGCCAUGGUGACUGCGUGGAUGAUUGCACUCGGUGGUACAACGGCCCUGGAUACACUUGCUUCGUCUUCAUUCACAGGCAGCAGCAAUAAACAUGAUCUGGGAAUCUUGCUUCAGCGCGGAUUUCUCGUGUUGGGGCUGCUCUAUAUACCGGUUGCUAUCCUGUGGGCCUGCUCCGAGCCUGUCUUUCUUUUCCUCGGACAGGAUAAGCAACUUUCGCAUGAUAGCGCGAGGUUUUUGACUUGUUUGAUUCCUGGUGGAUUGGGAUAUAUUUACUUUGAGGUUAUGAAAAAGUAUUUGCAGGCGCAAGGAAUCAUGCGGGCAGGAACAUACGUGCUCCUUAUUACAUCGCCCCUCAAUGCCGGACUCAACUAUCUAUUCUGCUACAAAUUCGAAAUUGGUCUUUUAGGGGCUCCAUUGGCAACAGGCCUCUGCUACUGGCUCUCAUUUGCCCUAUUGGUCCUAUACGCACGCUUCAUCAACGGCUCCGAAUGCUGGGGCGGAUGGUCGCGUGAGGCCUUCCAGAACCUAGGCACAUUCGCCAGACUAGCUCUCCUUGGUGUGAUCCACGUCGGAACAGAAUGGUGGGCUUUUGAAAUUGUGGCAUUGGCAGCCGGACGUCUUGGAACAACCUCCCUCGCAGCCCAGAGUGUCAUUAUGACAGCCGACCAAGUGCUCAAUACAAUCCCGUUCGGCAUUGGAGUUGCCACUUCCGCCCGCAUUGGCAACUUACUCGGGAGUAGAGACAGUGCUGGAGCAGCGCGGGCAGCGCAUACCUCUGCCGUGCUAAGUAUGAUCUUUGGUGGAGUUGUGCUAGCCGUCCUUAUCGGGACGCGGGACCACUUUGCGAAAAUAUUCAAUGAUGAUAGGAGCGUUGUGCAGCUUACUGCUGAAGUCUUGCCUUAUGUGGCGCUUUUCCAGAUUGCUGAUGGGCUUAAUGGGAGCUGUGGUGGAAGUCUACGUGGAAUGGGACGGCAGCAUGUGGGUGCUUUGGUCAAUUUGGUAAGUUACUACUGCGGUGCUUUGCCACUUGGUAUUUGGCUUGCUUUCCAUGGCUGGGGACUCCAAGGUCUGUGGGUUGGCCAGUGCAUUGCGCUGUAUUUGGUUGGAAUUUUGGAGUGGGGGGUUGUUGCUUGUAGUUCAUGGGAUGUUGAAGUUCGGAAGGCGUUUUUGAGGAUGGAUGUACAUGAGACCCUGGAAGAUGGAAUUGAGCAGGAUUGA